AUGUCAGAGUUACAUUUAGGAAAAGGUUCAACUCAACCGGCAAAAGUCGAGGGUCUCCUCAGACUGUACUCAAUGAAAUUUUGCCCUUUUUCUCAAAGAGCUCGUUUGGUUUUGAAAGCAAAAAGCAUCGACCAUGAUAUUGUUAAUAUAAAUGUAAACGAUAAACCAGAAUGGUAUACAAACAUACAUCCUGAAGGCAAAGUACCAGCAUUAGAUAUCGGUGCCAAAGUAGUAGUCGAAAGUACCGACAUCUGUGAUUAUUUGGACGAAACAUAUCCCCAGGUACCGUUGUAUUCAUCGGACCCGAAAGUCAAAGAACAAGAGAAAGUAUUAAUAAAAAAAAUUGGUGAUGUUGUGGGCGUAUUCUCGAAAUGUGUCUUCGGAACGGAAACCAAAACCCCAGAAGAAUGGCUUAAAGACAUCCUAGAUGCUCUGGAUGUGUUCGAGAAGGAAUUAACCAAAAAAGGCACGGUAUUCUUCGGUGGCGACUCGCCCAACAUGGUGGACUACAUGCUGUGGCCUUGGGGCGAAAGGGCGGCCUGCGUUGCCGUUGUUCUCAAAGAAAAGUUGCCGAUCAAGGACGAUGACAUUCCGAAUGUGAGAAAAUGGCGGAAAGAGAUGCGCAAACAGCCUGCUUGCGACGCCAUUUAUAAUGGCCCCGAGAAGUUUUGGAAAUGCGUCGAGGCCAAGCUUAAAGAAGAAAAAAUCGAUUACGACAGUGUUUAGAGUUUAUUUAUACCGGGUGGAUCCGAAAAUAA